CUUUUUCUAAAUUCUCGUGAAAAUUGGGAAACCUAAUGAAGAAAAUCCGUAGGUGUGUACACACAAUAAUUGAAAAAUUGAAUUUGAAGAACGAUUUUUAGGGUAGUCUUCUUUGGUCUGGUUGUUUGUACUCGCGCGAUUCCAGGUUUAUUGGUCAGGUAAGGCUAAUAAAUACACCCUACCUGGUCCAGUGAAUCUGAAAAUAACUAUUGGUGUGAUAUUGCGGUAUGGAGCCAAAAGGAGUGCUCUCACCGGAGGCUUUGAGCAAAUUUGAGGAAGGAGUGAGAUUGGUGUUUUCUCGUUGGACGGCCCUGCAAAUGGCUGUGCAGAACGAAUGGGGAGGAAGAACUUCUGCUCAGAAAGCUCAUCAAUUGACUGUUGAUGUCGUUGCCUGGCUUGCUCACUCUACUCUUCCACGAUAUAUCGAUGAAUUGGAGGAGAUGCUAGAUGAGAACAUGCUGCUUUCUUUCAACACUGAAACAGAGGAUGGUAGUCUUGAGGAGGUAGCAGAACAACUGAUGUUAUUGCACGAGGAAUGCCUCCAAGGAAACUAUGAAACAAUCAGUAAGCUGCAAAUGUCUGGGUCAGCCGUGCAAUCUAUUGCCCAAAGUCAACAGUUGUCAAAAGAUGACUCGGAAGAUGACAACUCAAGUGAGGAAGGUCAGCCUACAUUGGAGAUGGAUAUAGAUACAGACCGACAAAAUGCAACAACAGACAAAGUGGAGAGCUCCACAGCAGAUAACCUCAAUGAAAAUGAUAUCGCAGAUGGAUGGUCAGUUGUUCCAUCCAGACGGAAGAGAGGACAGAAUAAGUCAUGAAAAGUUAGUACUGAAAGGUGACUCAUUAUUCUCUACUGAAUUGGGCUCGAUGUUCCCACUCAUGUAUAAUUCAUUAAUUGGAGUCUUUUGAGCAUAUAGCUAUUGUUCUGCUCACCCACGUUGGCCAGUUUUGAAAUCUUGCAGAAAAUUAUUUAUCCAGAGACUCAUUAUUUGCUUUUGUAGUGUUUGAUGGCAUUCAGAAUUGAUAUAUUUGUUGCAAAAUUCAGUUGAUCACUUGUUCCUGUCUGUGGAGUUAAUUUAUUUAUUUCAUAAAAAUAAUUGUUUUUA